CAAUGACCAAAUUCUCCGUAUCCAUCUAUCUCAUAAAUCAUAGUAAAACCUAACAUCAGUUUGACAGCCGUCUCUCUCUCCCUCUCACCCACUCGCCAACCCACCUAAACGGCGAAUAACCAAAGAAGCGGCGGCGGUGGUAAAACCCUAGCUCCAUCGAUAGAGACAACCAUUUAACUCUGCCGUCCUUUCUCCUCUCCCCCCUGUCUCCUACACUCGAUUCUCGACGUACCCAUCUCCGGAAAAUCUUAUCUUUCCGGUGAAAUUUCCGUUUUCCAUUCGGUGUAAGCGAGGAUUGGAGGAUCGUCAUCAUCUGGGGAAUCUCUGGAUAUCGCUUUCGAAAGACGUCUAUUUCGACCGACUUAGAAGAUUUAGAAAUCCAUGGGUAAGACCGGGAUUCAGUUGUUCGACGAUACGAGGAACGGGUUGUUCUCCGUGUCCGAUUUGGGAUAUCAAUGGAGUCUAGACAGCGGAAAUUACCACCCGGUUGGUGGUUUGUUCGCAAGCGUCAAUCAAAUGGGAACUGGGUUGGGGUCGGGUUUCGGUUCCGGGUCCGUUUCGUCUCCGGACCCUGCGAACAGAGGCAGCAAUAACAGCUUCGCUGCUCAGCUCAAUGAUCUUUACACCAAGUAUUUGCCGGCGAAAGAGGAGGAAGAGGAAGUGGUUGGUGGGAAGAAGAAGAAGAAAACUGGACUGAAAUUGAGAAUAAAGAUCUCGAAUCCGUCGUUGCGGCGGCUGAUAAGCGGAGCAGUCGCCGGAGCUGUCUCGAGGACAGCGGUGGCGCCAUUGGAGACCAUUAGGACACAUCUAAUGGUCGGAAGCGGUGGACACUCGACCACUGAAGUGUUCAAUGAUAUCAUGAAGAAUGAGGGUUGGAAAGGGCUCUUCAGGGGCAAUUUGGUUAAUGUGAUUCGGGUUGCUCCUGCUCGAGCCGUCGAGCUUUUCGUGUUCGAAACUGUGAACAAGAAUUUGUCACCAAAACUUGGAGAACAGUCAAAAGUUCCCAUCCCGGCUUCGUUAAUAGCAGGAGCCUGUGCCGGAGUUAGCCAGACCCUCUUGACAUACCCCCUUGAAUUGGUCAAGACUCGACUCACCAUUCAGAGAGGUGUUUAUAAGGGAAUAUGCGACGCAUUUCUCAAAAUAAUACGGGAGGAAGGCCCCACCGAACUCUACAGGGGUCUUGCACCGAGCCUAAUAGGAGUUGUCCCAUAUGCAGCCACAAACUACUUUGCCUACGACUCCUUGAGAAAAGCAUACCGGAAGUUCUUGAAGCAAGAGAAGAUCGGGAACAUUGAGACACUCUUGAUAGGUUCUUUGGCAGGUGCAAUCUCGAGCAGUGCAACCUUCCCUCUCGAGGUGGCAAGGAAGCAUAUGCAGGUGGGAGCAGUAGGAGGGAGGGCUGUCUACAAGAACAUGUUGCAUGCCCUCUUGUGCAUUCUCGAGCAAGAAGGUAUCCGAGGUUGGUACAGAGGGCUCGGCCCGAGUUGCUUGAAAUUGGUUCCUGCAGCCGGGAUCUCCUUCAUGUGUUACGAGUUCUGCAAGAGCAUACUUGUCGAGGACGAUCAAGAAUCCUGAGUAUUUCCUUUCUUGUUCUUCGAGCUGAGGUUAUCGGGUUCUUGGUUUGAUCAAAGGGAUGAGUUCCGGGACCAUUCGGGUCAAGAUUUGAUGAAUUCUCCGAUCCGGGUUUUACGGGACUGACCUUUUUACCAACUGAUGACUUAACAGAUACACAGCUGAGGGGGUUGAGAGAUUUAGUUUUUGGGGGGCAAGACUCAUCCUUAAGAGGAUUCAUCCUUCAUUUCCGCAUCACCUUAUUGGAAUUUUUAUUGUUUUGGAUUUGACAAGAAGCUUCUUUUCCGGGUUCAAAUAAGUUGGAAUUUAUACCUUUCUCA